AAAGUUCUUCCUUUAAUUUACAUAUUUGGUUGUUUUUUAUUAAGAAAAAAUUAAAUUUUCUUUCCAUUAAAAAAAUGUAAAGAUUAAGUGAUUGAUUUCAAUUUUAUGUCAUCAUAAGCAAUGGUGGAUUUGUCUCAAGCGUAGUUUUUAUCAAAGAAGGGGGUUCUAUUCUUUCUUUUAAUGUGAGGUCUAAAUUUGCACUAAAUUUGCAAUAUCAGCUAAACAUUCGGUAGAAUAUCAUCAUCCUGAACUGAAAAGUUGCUUGUAGAACAGACCAUUUAAUUGAUUCCUAAAUUUUUAGUUACAUUCAGUACCCCAGUGCGUAAUGAUUGUGUGAAAUCAAAAUUUGUUGCAGAACCUAUUUGAAAUAUUGGAAAGUUACAUUUAUGUUUGAAUUCAAUGCAAUAUACAAAUGAGGGAAAAGAACUACAUUCACUCAAUAUUGUAUUCAAGAUUUAUAAGGUUAUGCAGUUUGUUUUGUUUCUGUCUCAGAAAAAAACCAACCUGGAAAUACUCCUUUGCUGCCACUGCCAUCCUAUAUUUAUAUUACUGCUUCUUGAUCACUGUCACCCAUUAAUCACCAUUGCUUUCUGAAUCCAAUUUAAAAAGGGAUAAUCUUACAUGUUUGGGGGAGCUGUCAAGGAAAACUCUCAUACAUGUAGCCCUUGAUUAAUUUGAAGACUGGACUAUAUAUUGUUGUGGAGUGGGAUGCAAACAACAAAAAAAUAAAUGCAAAAUGAAACCAAGUGGAUAGUGAAAAUUUACUACUGUCAUAUUGCACCACUGGUUCAUUAUAAGGAACAAAAAACUGGCACAAUUCACCACUGUCACAUUACACCAUUGGUUCAAGUGUUAAAUGUUCAAAAAUGUUGAUAGCUUGUGUUAUACACAGAGAGUGCUUGAAAAAACAAGAUUUCUAAUUCCAUAUAAUGAAUGAAUACGAUCCUUUAGAGUUUUUACGUUAUAUCUAUGGAGAGGGAAAAGGAGAAGAGAGAGGUACUUUUAUGUCUUUUAAGUUGUUUCUUUGUUAAGGAAAUGCUGGAUUCGUUUGAACUUUAAAGUGUAGUUUUUCAUCAGAGAAGAAGGUUCUAUUAGUUUCUUCUAUAUGUGUCAAAGUAGCAGAACUGCUCAUCUGGAUAUUUCCAAUGCUGGAUCGUUAAGUAAAUCGUAAUAAAUCUAAUGCGUCAAAUUCAGGUAGUACAGCCUUGUUUAGGCCUUUAUUUUAGCAAUCUAUAUAGUCUUUCUCUUGGAACCUUGUUUUGUGGUUUUAACUUAUCUACUUACGUAGGCUUUAAUUCACCUCUUAUUUCAUUCUAUCAAGGAAGUCAUUACCGCAAUUUGGCAAACUCAACUUUCCAUGUCAAGAUUAGUAUAUUACUUAUUGAAGCUCAUAAAAAUUACUGGGUUUGUAAGCGAAUUUAGCAUAUUACUCUCUUACCUCUGUUUGAGGCCUUGCUUCUUUGCAGGUAUGAAAGUCAAAUUUACUUAGAUUCUGAAAUUUUGUUUUCACUCACUAUUGAUUCUGUUAGAAACAUGGUUACUCCAAAAUCCAAAUCCAGUGAAAAUGAUUGACCCCAUUCUCUUGUGGUUAUCUUUUUCAUAGCUUAUAUUCCUUUUCUGUUAGAGAUGUCCACACAAUUCUGCCUCUUAUUGUGAACCACAACAUCUCUGAAUAAACCAAAAAUCUUAUGUAUGCUCUUACAUCACCACAUGGGAGGAUGAGCUUGAGUUAUCAGGGUUAUAAAUUGUGUGAUGUAUUUUUUUUUCCUUCUAAACUCAAAGUUGAUGAUAUGGCCUCCCACUUGCAACUUCAUUUCAUCUUGUUUCCUCUACUAGCCCAAGGACACAUGAUCCCCAUGAUAGAUAUUGCUCGAUUGCUGGCGAAGCGUGGUGUCAUUGUCACCAUAGUCACCACACCGCGAAAUGCAGCACGUUUUACAGCAGUCAUUGCGCGUGCCAGAGAAUCUGGCCUCCAAAUCAAGUUAGAACAAGUUCACUUUCCAUUUGAAGCUGCAGGAUUACCAGAAGGGUGUGAGAAUUUGGACAUGCUUCCUUCAAAUGAGAUGGCCUCCAGUUUCAUGAUUGCACUUUCCUUGCUUCAUUUGCCUGCCGAAAAAUUGCUCCAAGAGCUGACACCUAGGCCAAGCUGCAUAAUCUCUGACAUGUAUUUUCCUUGGACAGCCAAUCUAGCAACCAAGUUCCACAUUCCAAGAAUUUCUUUCAAUGGGUUCUCUUCCUUUUGUAUAUUGUGCUUGCACAACAUACGCAAUUCUAACGUUCUUGACAGCAUAGGUUCUGAAUCUGAAUGCUUUGUCGUGCCUGGCUUGCAGGAACAUGUUGAAUUUACGAAAGCUCAGGUGAGAAUGAUCACUUGUCCAAAUAACCUAGAAUCUCAAAAGUAUCUUGAUAAAAUACUAGCUGCUGAAAAGGUUACCUAUGGGAUGAUUAUUAAUACAUUUGAAGAGUUGGAGCCAGCAUAUGUCAAAGAGUACAAGAAGGUUAGAGCAGACAAAGCUUGGUCUAUUGGUCCAGUUUCCCUAUACAACAAAGACACUUUGGAUAAGAUUCAGAGAGGAAACAAGGCUUCAAUUGAUGAACAUGAAUGCUUGAGGUGGCUAGACUUGCAGCAACCAGGAUCUGUAAUUUAUGCUUGCCUUGGAAGCCUUAGUAACCUAACGCCUUCACAAAUGAUAGAGCUUGGAUUAGGCUUAGAGGCAUCGAGAAAACCAUUUAUUUGGGUUUUAAGGGCAGGAGAUCAAUCAAAAGCCUUGGAGAAGUGGAUUUUAGAGUAUGGAUUUGCUGAAAGAAUUAGAGAAAGAGGUCUCUUGAUUAGAGGUUGGGCUCCCCAAGUCUUAAUAUUGUCACACCAAGCAAUUGGAGGAUUCUUAACGCAUUGUGGAUGGAAUUCAACACUCGAGGCAAUAACUAUGGGGGUGCCAAUGGUCACAUGGCCUCUUUUUGGUGACCAAUUUAUCAAUGAAAAGUUAGUUGUGCGAGUGCUAAAGAUUGGUGUUAGUGUUGGUGUAGAGGUCCCCAUGCAAUGGGGAGAAGAAGAAAAAGUGGGGGUGCUAGUGAAGAAAGAAGAUGUUAACAAUGCAAUAAACAGGUUAAUGGACGAAGAUGAAGAGGGUGAUGGAAGAAGAAGGAGAGCAAGAGAGCUUAGGGAGAUGGCAAAGAGAUCGAUAGAAGAAGGUGGUUCUUCUCAUCACAAUUUGACAAUGCUUAUCGAAGCUAUCAUGUUACAAGUUUGAGGCAAGGCGUCAGUUCAAGAUAACAGAGAAAAAGGUUUUGUCCUUUAAUUUUAAAUGUGAAGUUAAUGUUUGCCUUAUUUAUUAGAAAAUCAAAGAAAUUCCUUUUCCCCAAGCUUUUUGUCAUUUCGGGCUUGUGUAUUUUGCAUUGAUUUUUGAAGUAUUGUGA